GGCGCCACGUCGGCAGAACCAGCAGGGUGAAAAAGAGAGCUGCGUAGCUCCGUCUGUAUCUGUGUGAGAGGAGAAGUUAGAAAGCUGCAGAUUAAAUCGAUUAACGUGUUCAAACCACGAAGAAGAGUCACAGCUGCAGCUUUCAGCCUCCUCACACUGAGGAAACUAAACUCAUUUAUUUACAGCUGAGUUUGUGUCGGAAACAGAAGCUGCUCCUGUGUCAAGUUUCACUGCCAGGUGUGUUUGUGGGAGAAGCACUGGGAACAAUGGUGAAGAAUGUGAACAGCGUUACUGCGGAGCCCCAGCCCGGGACCAGCUUGGCGACGGACGAAGCUGAACCCACCGACAGCCAACCUACAGAGGAUUCUGGUAAGGACCACGUGGUGGCUCCCCCCGGCAUGAUGUGGCGAGUGACCGGCGGCCUCUUCAACGUCACUAAGGGAGUUGUGGGCGCUGCGGUGGGCGGUGUGGCUUGGGUGGGAGGCAAGAGCCUGGAGAUCACCAAGUCGGCGGUGACCACGGUGCCCUCGAUGGGGGUGGGGCUAGUGAAGGGCGGGGUGUCAGCCGUUGCCGGCGGCGUCUCCACGGUGGGCUCGACGGUCGCCAACAAAGUCCCAUUCACAGCCAAGAGGAAAGACAAAGCUGAGUGAAGCAGAGGAGGAGGAUGGUGAAUAUGAUGAUGAUUAUUGAUGAUGAUGGACUUGCCCCGCCCUGAGCCAACAGAGAGAGGCCACCAGCUGAUCUCUGUCUGCCAAUCAAACUCCACAGUGCCUUCUGAUGGCUUUCUUGGUCUUGAGCAUGAGAGUCUCGUCACCGUGCAGAGAUCCAGACCUCGAUGCAAACACACUUCACUCAGCACCAAAACAUUCAGUAGUACUAUGAUACCAUGGCAACCCAGAACUACCAGAAAAGAAAUGCUGAGUCACUGAAAGCUCCUUGCCUGGCUUGUAGCGGGAUUUGUAUGUCUGGAAGUGAACAUCUGGCUCCAGGCAGAUCAUAUAGACUGGGAUCCACUGCAGCACGUGGUGGAUGAAUUCAUUAAUAUUUUUAUCUGUUUACAAUCCAGACUGAGGCUCUCCUCUUCCUCUUCUUUCUCCUCUUCUCUCUAUUCCAAUCUUUCAUAUUUACUGACAUAUUUCUCAAUUAAAAUGCUGAAUUUUAGUCUCUUUUUUCCUUUUUGCGAAGGUAUUGAAGUACUAUUGAAAUGUGUAUGUGACAAUAGUUUGUGUUGAAAAAUAAAAAUGUUUCAGCGUUUUGAAGCGAAGGAAUCAGCAGCAUUCUUCAGUCUGCAGGCUUCACUGUGCCUGACCUCCUUUAAUCCUUUGGAUGAGCCCGGGGCGGUGUUUCACCCAGCAGCCUUGGAUCUGCAUGUAGGAACACUUCUCUGAAUUGCAUGUCUGAAGACUGUAGACACAAUCACACCAACACUGGGCUCAGGUCUUUUCCACAGCUAUGUUAUUAUUACUGAGAUGUUUUGUUAAAAUGCUGCGCUGGACCUUGAAAUGUCGACUCUUCUUUUUUUUAAUUAAGAUUUAAGAAAGAAACCUUCAGCAGCAUUUGGCGGUUGUUUGAGAGGAAGAGUGCCCGAUGUUGUCUGAACUGCUCCGUCAGUAAAAGUUGAACUGUGCCUUUAAUCUGAAGGCGAACACUGUGCUGCAGUGCAGGCAACAUUCGUGAACGUUUAUAUGCAAUACGAGCAUUUCAAUGCAACACGUGGAGUGAAUGGGAGCUGUUGCUGACGGGACUAAACUAUGUGAAUGUCUUGGAUGUGUUUUGUUUUCCCAGUAUAUCAAUAAAGUAGUUUGGAAGUUUAAA